AACAGAUCUCUAAUAAAUCCGUCCGAAAAAGGUAUACCGCAAAUAUUUUCAGAAGCAUUAGUUUAAUUACUUUAAUCUACCAUAUAAAGUGUUUAGUGACAUAGUUUCAAGUUCAUAGUUGUGAUACUGUUCCCGAAAAGAUGAUUCUCGAUCUCAAAAAAUAUGUGUUUUAUAACAAAGGUGAUAUAUUUCAAUAUGUCGCGAGUAUUGCAGGAGCUUUUUCCAUCAUGAGUUCGGGGGUGAACCUCGGCUGGACCUCGCCUUAUUUACCAAUAUUAACGAGGGACGAUUCGCCGAUACCAACAACUAGCGAACAAGGUUCCUGGUGUGCUAUAGCUCCAUUGCUAGGUUCUCCUUUCGGAGCAUUAUCGGCGAUGUAUUUAUCAGAUAUAUUAGGAAGGAAAAUAACGACGCUGCUGAUGGCGCCGAUUGUAGCGAUUUGUUUUGUAUUGAUAGCGUUUUCGAAAAAUAUUUGGGAACUAACGGCGUAUAGGUUCAUAAUAGGAGCGACGGAAGGCGCUUCCUACACAGCCCUACCGAUGUAUAUUGGAGAAAUAUCGGAUCCGAAGAUUAGGGGGUUUCUUACAGCUACUAUAGCGAUAUUUGCGAUCAGCGGUACAUUAUUAAUAAACGUAAUAGGAUCAUUUAUGGGCAUAUUUACGUCUAGUAUAAUUUGCGCUGGUAUUCCACUAAUACAUUUUAUAAUAUUCGCUUUUAUGCCCGAAUCUCCUUAUUAUUAUAUAAAGAAAAAUAAUCAUUUGGCAGCGAAACAAUCUCUGGAGAUAUUUAGGGGUAAAGCUGAUGUUGUUAAAGAGAUGGAGAAUUUACGGAGAGCUGUUACUAGACAAGAGAGAUCGACGAAAACUGGUAUUAUCGAUAUAUUUAAUGUGGCUAGUACGAGAAAAGCGUGUUAUAUCUUUUUAAUAUUAAAUCUUACUAAUAAAUUCAGCGGUAAGAACCCUUGUUUGUUCUAUACGGAAACGAUUUUCACGGAAUCGGGUAGUAGUAUUAACCCUACGUUAUCAGUUAUUAUUUACUGCAGUGUAGAACUAAUAGCUGUUGUUAUAUCCACUUAUUUCAUCGUUGAUACGAUAGGUAAAAGAAAAUUGAUGAUAACCUCUACUGCCGGUUGUGCUUUAUCAGUAUUUUGUCUCGGUAUGUUUUUCUAUUUAAAAGAUUUUCAUAUCGGUGUAGUAGAAAACGUCGAUUGGUUACCCAUAACGGCACUUGUAUUAUACAACAUUUUCUUCAGCGUAGGAUUGUCCUUCGGUCCGGUAUCAAUUUUGAGCGAAUUAUUUCCUACUAACGUUAAAGCUAAAGCUUUGGGUAUAGCCGAUACUUUUUCGGUGCUGAUGGGUUCUUUGGUAUCGAAAUUAUUCCAAAUCACCAUGGACGAAUUCGGUAGUAUGUCCGUACCGUUUUUGUUUUUCGCUGUUUGUUGUAUAAUCGGUCUCGUUUUCAUCAUCAAAUAUUUUCCCGAAACCAAAGGUAAAACUUUGGAGGAGAUCCAACAAUAUUUGAUUGGAGAAAACAAUACAUCUUUGGAAAUGGCAAAUUGUAACAGGAUGUGAUUCAAUCGAACAAAUUGAUGAGACUGAAUUGAGAAAAAUUAUUUUUCUCGAAUAUCAUCUAACAUUGAAGGUUAUAUUUUCACCUGGAAAAUUUUUAUCUCUAGAUAAAGCUUCGUUGCUAUUUGCACAAUUGAACAUGACAAAUACUUAUCUUAUUUUUGUAUAAAUAUUGUCUAUAUAUAUUAUAUUCAUAAUCCGUGAGAUCAAAAGUCACUAACCUCACUUUUAUAUCGACUAUAUAAUUGUUUAUAACUAGUAUAGUUAAAAUCUAAAAUGUAAUUUUCUAUUAGCUAUUAUGUUAUAAUAAAAAUUUUCAUUUU